AUGGACGCUGGUGACCCAGUGACGCCCAGCGACGCCCAGUUCCUCCCGCAAUCUCCCUCUCAACAGACCCCUCGCAAGCUUCCAGAUGAUCUGCCGACGUCCCUAGAUGACCGCCGCUCCUUUCCCAGCUAUGGCGAGGAAACAGAGAUGUAUGAUGGAUGGCAAGGCAAGAAGCCCACAAAUUAUAUCACCGCUCCGACUCCCGCAAGAACCCUGACCUUCGAUCUGCAUCUGGAUACCCCGGCCUACGAUGACGAAGAAACCUUUGCCCGUAUUCAGGACAGUGACUCGCGCCUAAUGGAAAUGGUGGCAGCUCAGGCGCAUCACCGGGAAGAUGGUAGUCCUGGACAGGAUGAAGAUGCCAUCGCCACGGACGACAGCCUGUCGGACAGCGAGAAGAAAGAGAUUCUACAGAAGAGCCUUAAUAUGGCAGCAAGCAACGGAGACGUCGCCCGUAUUCAGAAGCUGGUUGGAGGUAGGGCCAAGCAAUAUGUCGACGUCAAUCAGCCAGAUGAGGAGGGUACAGUGCCGCUGAUAUAUGCUAGCUGUUUUGGACAUCAUGAAGUUGUGGCAGCGCUUCUCAACGCUGGAGCCAUCGUCGACAAACAAGAUCGAAAUCAGUGGAGCGCCUUGAUGUGGGCAAUGACAAAUCGCCACAAGCAAAUCGCCAAAAUGCUGCUUGAUCAUGGAGCCGACCCUGACAUCAGAUCUUCUUCUGGAGGCACCGCGCUUGACUUUGUCCAGCCUGGGUCCGACUUUUCUCAUUACCUGCAUGAGAAUGGCUAUCAUUUCGGAAUGUCAAGCUUGGGAGACGACUUCUACAACUCGGGCUUCUCCCAGGAUCGGUUCGAAGAAGAGAUGGCAGAGAACGAAAUGAAACGACGGAUGCUAAUGCAAGAAAGCGCGGCUAACCUGGAGGUCGAUUUGUCCACUCUGGGAUUCGACGAACAGCCAGAGUCACCCACUGAUCUUGAGGUCGACGAGGAAGAGUUUAUCUGGGACCGUUGCGUUGGUGACCAGAUGUUUGUCUUUCAGGCCGACAAGCUGGACGCCAUCUUUGACCUUAUCAUCACCAAUAUGACUCCGCAACGAUCUCCGUCGCAGAAGCCUAUACCAGCGAACCUGAUUUUCCUCAUGGCCCGAUAUGCCCACUAUCACAUGACGGCCUCUCUCCUAGACGAUGUUCUUACCAGAGCCAUGGAUCUCAUUAACGAUGUCAUCGAACGCUACCAAUGGGACAUGACCAUGCUCGCUUUCUGGAUUUCCAAUGCUACCCUGCUUCUACAUUAUCUGAAGAAGGACGCGGGCCUUGUGCAGGCCACAUCCAAGUAUCAGCUCGAACUUGCAGAGCUGAUCAAUGAGACCUUUAUCCUCAUCAUCCGAGAUGCGGAACGGAGAAUGAACAAGGUUCUGGACAUGGCGAUGUUGGAUCAUGAAACGAUACCUGGCCUGGAUGACAUUGCUUUCCAAGGAGAAUGGAAGGUCUUCAAAUCCAAGCCGAAAGCGCAGGAUGAGGCGCCGGAAAAGCGUUUUCGACCUCCCUCACCCAAGCGGCGGGCCCAGACAUCUCCACGCAACAUUACCUCGCUUCUGUCUUCGACCCUGUUUGUGCUUGACCUGUACGACGUUCAUUCAGUCAUCACAUCACAGAUCCUUUCGCAGCUGCUUUAUUGGAUUGGUGCAGAAUUAUUCAACCGGGUCAUGACUACAAAGAAGUACCUUUCGAGGACCAAGGCUAUGCAAAUUCGAAUGAAUGUGUCUGCCAUUGAGGACUGGGCGCGGACGAAUAAUCGACAACCGGAACAUUACGAGAACGGCUCCACAAUAUCGACUGGAGAGAGUACGGUUGACGCCGCACGGCGGCAUCUCGCACCCAUCAUCCAAUUGCUUCAAUGGUUGCAGUGUUUUAGUUCGCUGGGCGAGGAUCAUGAAUCUCUCGUUGGAACGCUAGUCCAGCUCCAACGCCUCACUCCUACACAGUUGAUCCAUGCCGUCAAGAAUUAUCGAGCAGAAGUCGGCGAAAAGAGUCUGUCCAAAACACAUAUGAAGUUCCUGACCCAAUUACAGAGAGGCGAACAGUCGUUGAUCAAGCGACCACUGACGCCCAUGGUCGAUGCGUCAGAGUCGGGGACGACGACACCCGCAAGGCGAAAUGGAACGUCAACGCCAGCAAACAAAGAUUCCAGCACACCCCACCACGUGUCGGCUCCUUCCAUAUCCUCGCCAGUCGAGCAGGACACGGACCCACCCAUGAACCGAAAUGCCUUGACACUGGAUCAGUCUCUGAUGCUACCGUUUUCGCUUCCGACCUCGACAGACAUGCUCAUCAGUUAUGGAGCGGGUAUUGGCGGCACAAACAGGGAGCGAGCGAGGAAAUAUAUACCUACCGUUCCAGCGGAAGUCCUUGGUAAGCUGAACCUGGACGGGGAUGGCCUCCAUCGAGAAGGGAGCAUCGGCACGAUUGGGACGACAGCUCAGGGCUGGCGAAGUAGUGCAUUUUGA